AUGAUGGUGCACGAUGACAGGGACGUGUGGACAGUGGCUUCAGAGAGGUACAUUCUGUUGCAUGUUAAAGAAAAGAUUCAGCCCGACCUUUCCGUGAAGGAAACCAGGGUGAGACACGGGGAAACUGGUGCCCGCUCGGCAAACACCCACCCGUCUGUCGCGGCCACCGUGUCGCAGCCCUCCGGUUAUGGGUUGGUUCAAAGCAAACGGGGAGAAAAGAGAGGCCCUGCCUUAUCCUUCUUCCCGAGGAUACAGAUUUCUGACAGCGGGAAUCCCCCUGAGCCCCGUGGCCCCCCGGGCCUUGAGGGGCUCCUGGCAGCCGGCGGCUUCGCAGGCGGCCAGGGCAGGGGGCUGCUGCCUCCUCCCCCCCCAGCUCUCGGCGGUCCGUCGCCUCCCCCUGGGAUGAAUCCCGGUUACCCGGCGGAGGGACCGGCCGAGCAUCCCAAGCCGUGUCCGGCUGCCGCCCCACCACCACCGCCGCCCCCUCCGGUUGCCCCGCCGGGUCCCGCCGCCUCCGCUCCUCUUCCCUAUGGAUAUUUCGGCAGCGGCUACUACUCCUGCCGCGUUUCCCGCAGCUCCCUGAAAACCGGCCCGGUUCAGGGGCCCUUUCCCGGUGAAAAAUACCUAGACACCCCUGCUGGCAGCGAGGAUUUCCAGAGCCGCCCUACCGAAUUCACCUUCUACCCGGGCUACGGGGCUCCUUACCAACCCGUUACCGGUUACCUGGAUGUAUCGGUGGUACCGGGGUUGGGAGGUCCGGGGGACGCCCGGCAUGAGACUCUGCUGCCCGUGGAUAGUUACCAUCAACCGUGGGCUCUGGGCAGCAGCUGGAGCAGCCAGAUGUGCUGCUCCAAAGAGCAGGGCCAGGCCGGGUACCUCCUGAAAUCCGCCUUCGCAGACUCCGCCGGUCAGUUGCCCUCCGACGGCUGCUCCUUUCGGCGGGGCCGUAAGAAGAGAGUCCCGUACAGCAAAGGGCAGCUGAAGGAGCUGGAAAAGGAAUACGCCAGCAGUAAGUUCAUCACCCGUGACAAGAGGAGGAAGAUCUCCGCUGCCACCAACCUCACGGAGCGGCAAAUCACCAUCUGGUUCCAGAACAGGAGGGUGAAGGAAAAAAAAGUCGUCGCCAAAAUCAAAAGCAGCAGCAACAGCAGCAGUACCCCGUGA